AUGAGGUGGAGCACAGUGUUAUUAGCCACCGUGGGUAUUGCGGGAAGCGUUCUUGCUAAUAAAGAAUGGUUUGAUGACAACUACUACUCUGAAGUAUGCUCAGGAAUGUAUUCUAAGCUUGAUUGGGGUGGCAGUUAUAGACCUCAUAUCGGUAUGAAGUUGACAAGAUUUGACAAUUACAAAGUAGACACCAAGAAGAAAACACAGGAUGAACACGAUGAUAUCUCUCUUAGUUAUGUGAUUUUUGAAUAUAAGGAUAUCAAUUCCCUUGGAGUGGUGCUAAAUGAAGAUACUCAACAGAAGAAAUAUAUCUGUGACGAUCUGGCAGUUAAACUGGGUUACUGUGAUUCAAACGACAAGGGUUUAUUCAUCGUUAAGAAGGAAGGCACCAAUUCAUCUACUAUCCACACUGGUAUUGUCACCCAGUUGGGCCAAUUACCUUAUCAGUACAAUAUCUCCAGAACAGGUUACUACUGUGUGGCAACUUACAGCUUAUUGGACAAAAAAUAUAGAGGUAUUAUUAAUUUCCAGAAUGCUUUUGGACAUUUGUCUGCAAGUGAAAUCCCUAAGUUACCUGCCUAUGGGAUCUUGACCAUUUGUUAUGCCAUUGCUUUAUCAUUGUUUGGAUUCCAAUUUUACAAGAAAAGAAAACAACAUCAAAUCUUGCCGUUACAAAGAUACUUAUUGGCUAUGUUUGGUAUCUUGACCUUUGAAACUUUUGUGAUUUGGUCCUACUAUGACUUAGUUAAUAGAUCAUCCAACCCACUGAAUGGGUUUAUAGUUUUCUACAUGGUGUUCCUUUCCUUGUUGAAUGCAACGAAGCUAACUUUUUCCUUCUUCUUGCUUCUUUGUAUAUCCUUGGGUUAUGGUGUUGUGGUGUUGAAAUUAAAAAAAAGUGUCAUGUUCAAAUGUAAAAUUUUGGCAGGUGUUCAAUUUGCUGCAUCUGUAUUCUAUUUCAUAUCAAGUUAUAGAAGCGCUUCAUCCAAUGCAACUAUUACAGCAAGUUCUCCAGAUGAUGCAUAUGCAAGUCCUACGUUUACCGAUUUGUUACCAAUGAUCCCCAUUACAAUUACUUGUACUGUUUACUAUGCAUGUAUCUUAAAUGCUAUCAGAACCGUGUCGACCACCUUACAUCAACAAAGACAAGUAAUCAAGUUAAAGCUCUACAAUAACUUGUUUUACAUUAUUUUUAUGUCUGUGUUUAUAACUAUGGCUGGAUUGGUUACUUCCUCAUUCUUGUACCUCAGUAUGGGCACCACUGAAAUGAUUGAAAACCACUGGAAGGGCUCAUUCUUUUUCUAUAAUUUCUGGCCUUCAAUUGUGUUCUUUAUUUCAUUCCUCUCAAUUGCCUGGUUAUGGAGGCCAACAGAGACUAGUUAUAUGUUAGCACUUUCUCAGCAAGUUUCAACCACAGCUGAUGACGAAGAAGAAGGUGAGGAACAAGGCAAUGGUUAUCAUCAAGCUGGAACUGAAUUUGAACUUGAUGACUUAUCUUUAAUGAGCAAUGACGAUGAACGUGGUCCUAGAAGAUUAUCGCAUGACUCAUUUGAAUUAUCAAGAGAAGGAUCCCCAAUACCACCUGAAGCUCCCCCUAAAUACGAUGAAGAGGACUCGUUGAAGAAAAAGAAUAUUGUGGAUUCUCCCGAAAACUCAAAUACUCUCUUUGAGCUAGGGGAAGAGGAAGAUGAUCACCAAGUACAAAAAUCAGACUCACAUACGAAGAGCGAUAAAUAA